AUGACUAUGAACGAAGCGGCGCUCGGCGCUGCGGAGUCUGCUACCGUACCCGCCGCCACGAGCGGGCUCAGCGCGCUGACGCACCUCAGCAUCACCAGGUCCGGUGCGCUCACCGCGCUGCCGGACUCCGUUGGCCAGCUGGGCCGCUUAAAAACGCUAACUAUAGCGAGCGCCGUGUCAGCCGCGUUCCUCUCGUCAAACACUCUCAGCGGGCUGACCCGUCUGGAAGCGCUACGCAUCUCCGACUGCCCCCUCCUCGCCGCGCUCCCCGCGUCCCUCUGCACCCUUCCCCGCCUCCACACGCUCUCCCUCGCCAAAUGCCCCACCCUCCGCACCCUCCCCGACGCCAUAGGCCAGCUGCCCGCCCUCAAGCGCCUCUCCCUGAAAGACUGCUCCACGCUCGCCCGCCUCCCCGCGUCCCUCCUGCGCCUCCCUGCGCUCAAGUCGCUCGACAUUGCUAGCUGCGCGCUGCUCACGCACCUCCCUGACAACUUCCGCCCGCUGCCUCGCCUCGCGCGCCUCUCUGUCCGCAACUGCCGCGCCUUCUCCCGCCUCCCCGCCUCGCUCUCCCGCCUGCCCGCCCUCCGCGUGCUCAAGCUCUCGUCUUGCUCGUCUCUCUCCGUGCUCCCCCCCGACCUCGCAGCCCUCCCCGCGCUGCACUCGCUGCUGCUGGACGGGUGCUCCGCGCUGGCGGAGCUGCCCGCAGAGCUGGCGCGCGCGCGGGGGCUGCGCCACGUGGACGUGCGCGGGUGCGGGGUGGUGUGGGAGGACGCGGAGGUGGGCGUGUGCGGGCGGCGAGUCCACGUGGAGCGGGGUCGACGCGAAGGGGACUUGAAUGUGACUUGGACGAUGGCCAGAGACAUUCAAGUGCAGUGCGCGGGGAGGGGGGGCGAGGAGGGAGAGGGCGGGGAGACAGAGGGAGGUGAGGCCGUGGAGGGAGGUCAAGGGGGGGCAGAAAGGGUAGGUGCGGCGAGAGGCGGGUUGGAGGGAGCAGUGGCAGCCUCACGAAGGGAUCGAGAGGGGGUGAGGGAGGAGGAAGGGGAAGGUGUGGAGUAG